AUGCAGGACGCCUGGACUGCUCGCAAAGCUGAGGAGAUCCAAGGGUACUCGGAGCGUAACGAAUGGAAGAACUUCUUCUCUGCCAUCAAAGCUGUCUACGGUCCGCCGAUGAAAGGCACUGCUCCUCUCCUCAGCGCCGACGGUAGCACCCUCCUGACUGAGAACACACAAAUCCUACAUCGUUGGGUGAAGCACCUCCGAGGCGUCGUCAACCGCCCCUCCAUCAUCUCCGACACCGCCAUCGCCCGUUUGCCGCAAGUGGAGACCAACGUGGAUCUCGACAUCCCGCCCUCUCUCCAGGAAACCAUCAGGUCCGUGCAGCAGCUCUCCAGCUGGAAAGCACCCGGAUCGGGCACGAUCCCUGCUGAGGUCUACAAGCACGGUCGCUUCCAAAUCAUGGAUCACCUGACUGCGUUCUCCCAGGUGGUGUGGCGUCAAGGUGAGUUCCUGCAAGAUUUCAAAGACACAACCAUCGUACAUCUAUACAAGCGAAAAUGAAACCGCCAGCUCUGCGGCAACCAUCAAGGCAUCUCCUUUCUGAACAUUGCCGGGAAGAUCUUCGCUCGCAUCAUCCUCAACCGCCUGAAUAAUCACCUGGAGGGAGGUCUUCUGCCGGAAAGCCAGUGCGGCUUCCGUCGUCAUCGCGAAAUCACGGACAUGACCUUCGUCCUUCGCCAAUUACAGGAGAAGUGUCAGGAGGUGCGGACGCACCUAUACUCUACCUUCGUGGACCUGACGAAAGCCUUCGACACGGUGAAUCGUGAAGGACUGUGGAAGAUCAUGCAUAAAAUUCGGCUGUCCCGAGCGAUCCAUUCAGAUGGUGCGCCACCUAUGCGAUGGUAUGCUGGCGCGAUUUGCGGACAAUGGAUGUGUCUCAGAGGCGUUCGCAGUGACCAACGGUGUGAGGCAGGGAUGCGUGCUGGCGCCUAUUCUAUUCAGUCUUAUGUUCUCUGCCAUGCUGAUGGACGCCUACCGUGAUGAGCACCCCGGGAUGUGCAUCGCCUACAGGAUGGACGGCCACCUCCUCAACCACAGGCGGAUGCAUUUCCAGUCGCGUGUACGCCCAAACACCGUCCACGGACGUCUCUCCCCCGACGACUGCGCCCUCAACCCUACCCAGGAAGAGAACAUGAAAAGGAGCAUGGAUCGCCUCUCCGCCGCCUGCAAAACAUUCUGUCCGACCAUCAGCACGGGGAAGACUGCUGCACUAACCGCCACUCAGCACAGCCCAAAGUGUACCGCAUAUCACCGUUAGCGGAACCCAACUGCAAGCGGUGGAUAACCUCACGUAUCUGGGCAGCACCCUAUCCCACAGCACCAAAAUCGACGACAUUUCCAAAGCCAGUCAAGUAAUCGGCCGUCUGCAGAACACCGUCUGGAACCGUCACGGUCCCCGUCUCAAUCCUAAGUUUAAGAUGUACAAGGCAGUUCUCCUAUCGACACUGCUGUAUGGGGCGGAUACCUGGACGGUGUACAAGAAAUUGGCACGCCGACUCAACCACUCCCACCUCAGCUGUCUCCGUCGGAUACUGAAGCUGCGAUGGCAGGACCGUAUCCCCGAUAUUGACGUGCUCGAAAGAACGGGAAUUCUCAGCAUCAACGCCACGUGGAGACAACUGCAACUGCGUUGGAGCGGCCAUCACGUGCGGAUGGACGACGAGCGGCUACCCAACCGACUUUUCUCUGGAGACGUCGACACGGGUUUCUGCCGCCGAGGAGACCAAGUCCGUCGUUACAAGGACACUUCAAAGAUCUCCCUGAAGCGUCUGUAG